ACUUGGAGACGCUCUUCCCACGCCUGCUUCGCGAGGCUGGAUGCCCAUCGCCUCGGGGUCACGGCGUCGUCAUCUGUUUGCCAAGGAAAAUACCCUAGUCUUGACUUUGUAGCUUUAGAGACCCCUCUGGGUUGCUUGGGAACAUGAGUGGACGCGCCCGUGUGAGGGCACGAGGCAUGGCCCGCAGCCCUGACUCCCUGUCGGUGCAGUGCACCCAGACCUCGCCCUCGGGAAUGCUCACACCAGUUGAUCUUAGUGACAGUGAAGCAUCCUUUAGCGGUGAUGUGGAGGGAACAAGCAGGAUUUCACAGCCUUGUAACAAAGGUGUAUCUUCUGGUGAUGUUGGGAGUACCUUUGUAGAAAAAAGUGUGAAAAUAAGACAGGACUGUAUGGACUUGGGUGUCUGUACCAGGGAGAAAUGGGCACAUGUGAGAGACAGCAAAACAGGUUCCAGUGGAAUACCUGUGAAACUGGCUACAAAUCUCUUUAAUUUAGACUUGCCCCAGGACUGGCAGCUAUAUCAGUACCAUGUGACGUAUAUUCCAGAUUUAGCAUCUAGAAGGCUGAGGAUUGCUUUGCUUUAUAAUCAUAGCAAACUUUCUAACCAUGCAAAAGCAUUCGAUGGUACCAUCCUUUUUCUCUCACAAAAGCUAGAAGAAAAGGUCAUAGAAUUAUCAACUGAAACUCAAAGAGGUGAGACUGUAAAGAUGACUGUUACUCUAACGAGGGAGCUGCCCUCAAGCUCCCCCAUGUGCAUUCAGGUCUUCAAUAUCAUCUUCAAAAAGAUCUUAAAAAAGUUGUCUAUGUACCAAAUUGGACGGAACUUCUAUAAGCCUUCAGAGCCGGUGGAAAUUCCCCAGCACAAAUUAUCCCUUUGGCCUGGGUUUGCUGUUUGCGUGUCACACUUUGAGCGUAGCCUUCUGUUUGGUGCUGACGUGAGCUAUAAAGUCCUCCGGAAUGAGACUGUUCUGGAAUUCAUGACUGACCUCUGCUACAAAAUCGGCACAUCCUGCUUCACCCAAAUGUGUGAGCAACAGCUGAUAGGGCUCAUUGUUCUUACAAGGUACAAUAACAAAACCUAUCGCGUUGAUGACAUUGACUGGUCUGUGAAACCGACACAUACCUUUCAGAGGCGGGAUGGUUCUGAGAUCACUUACAUAGAUUAUUACAGACAGCAAUAUAAUAUUAUUUUAUCUGACCUAAAUCAGCCAGUGCUUGUUAGUCUAUUGAAAAGCAAGAGAAAUGACAACACUGAGCCUAAGAUUGUCCACCUGAUACCAGAGCUCUGCUUUCUAACAGGCCUGGCUGGCCAGGCAACCUCUGAUUUCCAGCUGAUGAAGGCUGUGGCUGAAGAAAUGCGUCUCAGCCCUCUCGGCCGGCAGCAGCGCCUGGCCAGACUUGCUGAUGACAUCCAGAGAAACAAAGAUGCUCGUUUUGAGCUAGAGACCUGGGGACUGCACUUUGGAAGCCAAAUGUCUCUGACUGGCCGGGUUCUGCCUUCAGAAAAAAUAUUAAUGCAAGACCAUGUAUGUCAACCUAUGUCUGCUGCUGACUGGUCCAAGGAUAUACGAACUUGCAAGAUUUUAAAUGUGCAGUCUUUGAAUAAAUGGUUGAUUGUAUGUAGUAACAGAGCUGAAAAUGUGAUUGAGGGCUUUCUGAGCUGCUUGAGAAGAGUUGGAAGUUCCAUGGGAUUUAAUGUGGGCUACCCAAAAAUCAUAAAAGUACAAGAAAAUACAGCUGCAUUCCUUAGAGCAAUCCAACAACAUGUUGAUCUUCAUGUUCAGUUGGUCAUGUGCAUUCUGCCUUCUGAUCAGAAGAAUUACUAUGAUUCCAUUAAAAAAUACUUGAGUUCGGACUGCCCAGUCCCGAGCCAAUGUGUGCUUUCUCGGACCUUGAAUAAACAGGGAAUGAUGAUGAGCAUUGCCACCAAGAUUGCCUUGCAGAUGAGCUGUAAACUUGGAGGCGAGCUGUGGGCUGUGGAGAUACCUUUAAAGUCCCUGAUGGUGGUCGGUAUUGAUACCUGUAAAGACACACUCGGCAAGCAAGUGGUGGUGGUUGGAUUUGUAGCCAGUAUUAACCCCAGAAUCACCAGGUGGUUUUCCCGCUGCAUACUUCAGAGAACAACGACUGACAUUGCAGAUUGCUUAAAAGUCUUCAUGACUGGAGCACUCAAAGAGUGGUAUAAGCACAACCACGAUUUGCCAGCACGGAUCAUUGUGUAUCGUGACGGAGUAGGGGAUGGGCAACUCAGAGCAGUUAUCGAAUAUGAAGUCCCACAGCUGCUUAGCAGUGUGGCAGAAUCUGGCUCAAAGACCAGCUCCAGAUUGUCGGUGAUUGUGGUCAGGAAGAAAUGUUUGCCACGAUUCUUCACAGAAAUGAACCGUACUGUACAGAAUGCCCCAGUUGGCACUGUCGUGGACUCAGAAGCAACACGUCCUGAAUGGUAUGACUUUUACUUGAUCACCAAGGCUGCCUGUCGGGGAACUGUUAGUCCCACCCACUAUAAUGUCAUCUAUGAUGACAAUGGUCUGAAGCCUGACCACAUGCAGAGACUAACGUUCAAACUGUGCCACCUGUACUACAAUUGGCAGGGCUUAAUCAGUAUCCCGGCGCCAUGUCAGUAUGCACACAAGCUGACUUAUCUGGUAGCACAGAGCAUUCAUAAGGAACCAAACUUGGAAUUAGCCAAUUAUCUCUUCUACCUGUGAUGACUUGAGCCACUGGCAGCAGGAGAUGAAGAAUCGAAGUGGUUGCUGUAGUAGACUUUGUCCAAAUCUGCCAGAAGAUUGAGGCUGUGACUGGGGAAAGGAGAUUGAGCUUAGGUCUGACUUGUGGGAAAAUAAAAAUAAAGAUGAAACCCCAAUACAUCUUAAUCUGAAAUAGUUUAGAAGAUAUGUAUGUUGUUUUAUCUUUUGAAAGUUAUAUGCUUGGAGUAAAUUCUAAUUGUGGUAUAUAGAAUCAAAAUAUACCAUCACCUAAAGGAACCCCACAAAGUUAGAUGUCUUCUAAGAAAAUAAGUGUUUGUGUGAUGUGUUUAUGGUAGAUAAAAUGGAGUGUAAUCCCCCCGCUGAUGUUUUGCAGAAGUUUUAAGUGUUACAGUGUAUUUUGUGGAGUGGUUUAAGUAUUAGAAAUUAAAAAAGUUCAGA